AUGGAGUGGGAAAAAGUAAUUUAUGACAUGCUUGGUGCAUUCCAACAACAAGCAAUUUUUUCGUUGGGCUUGGUAAAAGAGGAAUUUGAGCGCCAAGGUUUGAAAUUUGAUGAACACUUCCGGCAACACUUUUUCACAGCUGCAAAUAAUCGAUUAACCGAAACUUACAACCAAUUCGAAUUGAAUUUACAUCUUGAAAAAAGUUCGGCAAAUCAACAUUUCGAUAUAAAUGCUCCAAGUUCGAAUCAAAUCGAUAAGGACAACAAAACUUUGAUUGAAAUCGAUGACUCAGAUGAUGAAAGUGAAAACGAAACAAAUCGUUCUGCUCCAAUAGCCACCGUGUUGAAUGAAACCGUCAAUGAAAUUAAUGUAAAUCGUGAAUUGAACACCACAGAUGAACUUACCGUCACAUCGAACAAUACCGCCAAACGAAUGGUUAGAGCAACCCAGAACAAAAAUAUCGCUGCAACGAAAACUAAAAUAUUGGUUUCGACUAAAACGACGAAAAUAUCAUCAAAGCGAUUUUCGUGCCAAAUGUGUGAAUAUUCCACCAAUUAUAAUUCAAUCCUCCACAAGCAUAUGCAGCAUUCGCAUCAAAAUGGAACCUGA